AUGGAAUAAAUUUCAACUAGCCAGGAGGAAACCAUAGUUACUGAAGUGUAAGCUGCUCCAAUCAAGAGUACACUCAUAUAAGCGCCAACAUUAUGGAGAGAAACCUAGGGAGAUGGUGCAAUUGCAGUGAGAAAUUUUAAUUAUGAAGUGAAGGAGUUGGAUUAAGCCUCAUUAAAAGAUGCUAAGUUUGACAUUGAAAAGAUAGUUACAAGUGAGAUCAACAGAUUCGUUGAAACUUACAAUCCAAAGCAAACAGUCUACCAUCUUAAAUCUAAUCAGUAUGUGCAGAUUAAAAAGGUUGAUGAGGCGAGGAAAAUGUAUGUGUGCAGACCAAAACAAGAAAAGUAAAAUGAGGGUGAAAAUACUAGAAUAAAGGACGAUCAAGAUAUAGAAGUUCCAUUCGAUGAGAUAUCUGAGCAGAUUUAAAUCAACCUCAGAAUUAUCACUGAAGAUUAAACCUGUGUAGGUUAAGUUUACGUAGGAAUCAAUGACAAGAUCAAGACUUUGAAAGAUUUCCUCAACUCAAAAAGUGCUUCACUACUCAAUAUUGUUUUCAAGGAUGAGAUCAUCAAGAAUGAUGAUACUUUUUUGAAAAGGCACAUUAGAUCCGGUGAAAAAUUCAUAUUAAUGAGUGGAGGUUUCGAGGCUAAGAUUUGGAAGAGAUUUAGAAGAAUUGAGCAUGGAGAUUACUUCUAUAUGAGUGAUACUUAUUAUGAUGCAGUAUGUUUCAAGCCAAAAAAAGCAUGCCAUUUCUUAGGAUUUGGAUUUUUGAACUAGUAUGAGAAGAAAGAUUUCAAGCUGAAGUUCAAGUACUAUAUUGAUGAUGAAGAGUUUCCUGAAACUGAGGUAGAUUUAACAUAAGAUAUGCUUGGGGAGCAUCACUCAUUUAAGAUUGACUUUUAGACUCUGAAUCUUUAACCUAUAACAGUAAAACCAGAUCAAAUGAUUCAUAUUUGCGCCAGAGUGCAACUAACCUCCCCAAUGAGAUUCAUCUACGGUUACGACAGUUAAGGAACAGAUGGAAUUGAAGGUCAAGACCCUGACUUUGCUAUUUAAAGGUCAUCACGCAACUAAAAUAGUACAGGAUCAGAUUUCGGUUAAUUCUCAUACAUUCUGUAUGCUUUGUGA